AGUAAACCGAAGAAGAAGAACUUGCCGGUCAAGUCUUCAGAGGUGAUCACAAGACACGAUGAAGAUCUGGUCGUCAGAACACAUUUUCAACCACCCAUGGGAGACAGUGACCAAAGCAGCUAUGCAGAAGUACCCCAACCCCAUGAACCCUAGUGUAUUUGGAGUAGAUGUGUUGGACCGUAGAGUGGACCAGCAAGGCCGGCUUCACAGCAAACGCCUUCUCAGCACAGAAUGGGGCCUUCCAUCUAUAGUCAAUUCAAUCAUUGGUAAUGCACGUGCAUGUACAUAUGUUCAAGAGCAUUCACUUGUGGACCCCAAAGAGAAGACUUUGGAGCUUAAGUCAUCAAAUAUUACAUUUACCAACAUGGUCUCUGUAGAUGAAAGGCUUGUCUACAAACCACACCCAGAUGACCCAUUAAAGACUGUGCUGACCCAGGAGGCUAUCAUCUCUGUGAAAGGAGUCAGUUUGAGCAGCUACCUAGAGGGACUUAUGGCAAACACUAUAUCAACUAAUGCAGGAAAGGGCCGUGAAGCAAUGGAGUGGGUUAUCAGGCGUCUGAAUGCAGAGAUUGAAGAGCUAACUAUUACAGCGAGAGGAACGAUGCGGACACCCAUGGCUGCAGCUGUCGUAGAAAAAUGAACUUUUCAUGUCUCUGCGUUCUUUAACAUAUUUCUUGGCGGACCACUUCAGUGCAUCUUUUUUUGUUCCAUCCUACUUUCUAUGCUGUUUUUUGUGGAACAGAGUUCUCCCCAUCUCCCUUGUACAACUGACUCUAUAUUAGAGGCAAGAGGGACAAAAAUAGAAAGCGAAUCUCUGCUUUGUUUAAUACUGAAAACAGUCUGUUAGCACUGCAGAACAAGCAUUGAGUGUUGUAUGUUUAACAGGUGAUUACACACCUUGACCCUUACUCUGCAGUUUAUAGCUGUAAAGUGUAUUCAGAGGAAGCAGUCUGUACUGCUUGCUAUAUAUACACUGGAUGUAUGGAUGGAUUUUUAUAUAUUUCCACCAGAGAAAUGCUAACUGAAUGUGAUAGAUGUUAGCUUUUAUUCAUUAUAAUAAAGUUGGCAUUUUUGU